AUGGACGCUCAACGUGGUCUGUAUGAGAUGUGCGACAGGAAAGCCACUGCAAUGAUCGCCCUUGAGAUCGGCGGUGGCAAUGGACUGCAAGGCAUGAUUUUGGGAGCAAGCUCUAACAUGAAUCUACCAACCGUUGGUGAGUCGAUCUCAUGGUACUUUGUUGUCUUUAUUGACAAGAGCGCAGAUGGCGAUUGGAUGGGAAGGGCAUAUCCGACGAAAUGGCAGACAACGCCGGUUGUGUUCAACGAACGCCCAUGCGUCUUCUGUCCUAUUGCCACAGCAGAUGGUAAUGGUAACUUGCUGUAUAUGCCCACUGCUGUAUCUGAUCUAGCUGUGGAGCGCAUCAUCAGAGCCGCUCUCUCUCAAAUGGGUAAGUUUGACCCAGUCUUCAAUCGGCCUACUUUAGGCUCGUACUGA